AUGGUGCUCUCGGCAUUGUUGAAAUUUGCCUCGAAAACGUAUCCUAUGAAGCGUAUUGUUGCCAUUGAAUGGUAUUUAUGUGUGAAAGAAUUUGCGUCGAAUUUCCUUUGGAUCCUGUGCUCUCAAGAUCCUGGUGGAGUUGGCGGAGAUAUCGACGAAUUGCUGUUGUCCAAAAAGCCGGGUGAAACCAUUGGAUUGGAUUCUUAUUUGGUCGCCGCAGAAGAUAUGUUCUUGGGUAGCUGGCAGUUAACUGAACCAGAUGUGGUGAAUGCCAUAGUGGUCACUCAUGAGGAUGAAACGUUAACAUUCAAAGUGGAACAUUUCCUUCGUGUAUUAGUUGAUCCCGUUGUUCCAUAUGCACAGCUAGUUGCAAGUAACACUUUACUGAAGCUGUUGACUUCGAAGACUGGUGUCAAUCAACAACAAAGACUCGAACUUUGUACUUAUCUGUUGAAUUAUCUCGGUGAACGUUGUGCAUCAUUGCCUCCGUUCGUAGUGUCAUCGCUAUGUCAACUAUUCGCACGUCUCACCAAAUUGGGAUGGUUGGAUUAUGAUCUCGACUCGAAAACAUUUCCAUUCAGAGAACCGGUCGACAAUAUUGCUAGGCUUGCUGAGGAAAGUGCUGAAAGAGGCUUACUUGCCGUGCAACUUCUAGCGCUGCUCGUGUCCGAUAUGAAUACGAUGGCUGGUGUCGAUUCGAUUAGUAAGCAACGGAAGAUAGCGUUGAGUUUUCGUGAUUGUCAUCUGCUGGAUAUUUUCAAGUUAUCCACAAAUAUGCUCGAUAAAAUCUCAACUGCAACGAAUGUGGAUCAAUCACAGUUGCAAUUGGCAAAUGGUCUCUUACAACUUUCACUUAAUUGUUUAACGUUCGAUUUCAUUGGGAGUCUAUCGGACGAGUCAGGCGAUGACAAUGUCACCGUACAAGUGCCAACGACAUGGAGAAUCGCAUUCACGGAUGGUCACGUGAUGACAAUGUAUUUUCGUUUGUAUAAUGUGCUGCCAAUGGAACUAUCGGGUAAAGUGCUACAGAAUGUUGUGCAGUUAAGUUCGUUGCGGAGAACCUUGUUCUCUUCCACGGAACGACAGCUCUUCUUAACUGAAAUCGUGAAAGGUGUUAAAGGUGUUAUGGAAAGACCUGAUAAAUUGAGGCAACAGGAGAGUUUUCAUGAGUUUUGUCGAGUCGUAUCACGUUUGAAGAGUAAUUAUCAGUUGUGUGAAUUGAUGAAAGUUGACGAGUACGCCGAUAUGAUGGCACUGUUGGCUGAUUUCACGGUUAACAGUUUGCGGGCAUACGAAUUCUCGGUGAACAGCACAUUCUAUUUGUUGUCGUAUUGGCAACGUAUGGUGUCGUCUGUUCCUUACGUGAAAUCGACCGAUCCACAUCUGCUGAAUUUGUAUUGUCCGAAGAUAACGGCUGCUUUCAUUGAGGGUCGUUUAGAGUACGCUAAAGCUGUUGUGAGUGGUGAACUGUCGGAGGAUCCGUUAGAUGAUCAUGUCGCGCUGCUACAAGUAAUGGAACAAGUGGCCAUUAUCUGCAGAUGUGAAUAUGAUAAAACAGCACAGCUGAUUAUCGCAUUGUUCGAUCAUGAUUUUGCUAUAUUCGAAAGGGCUCCGACAUCACCGAGUGCCGAAGUGAAUUUGUCAACAGCGCGUUUAACUUGGCUAGUGAUAAUGAUUGGUGCAGCCGUGCAAGGGAGAGCCGCGUUGAGUAGCGUAGAUGACCCGGAUUUGAACGAUGGAGAUCUGGUGUGCAGGGCACUGAAACUGAUGGAACUGUCCGAUGGACGCUUGUCAACCGGUGUGGCUGGCAAUCUGAAAUUGGAAACCGCAUUCUUGUAUACCCUGGAGCAGUUUCGGAAGGUUUAUGUGAGCGAUCAAAUACAAAAAUUCUGUGGUGUUUAUGGUCAGUUGGAGAAGAAUCUUGGUCUGAAUGACGAAGGCGCUGUUUUGGUGGUUUAUGUUCGAAAAAUCAUAACCAACCUGAAAUAUUGGGCGCGUGAAGAGAAGCUGAUCGACCAGACACUCGUGCUUCUCAAUGAGCUCUCGUUGGGAUAUGCGGCUGCUCGCCGUCUCGUUCGUCUUCCGGACAUUCAGUUACUCUUAAACAAUCACACCGCAGAACACUUUGCAUUUCUAUCGUCUGAAACGGACCUGAUGACGAUGCGAUCUCGGACCACGUUCUAUGCCUCACUUACACGGCUACUGUGUUUGGAUUUAACGGACGAUGACUCGGUGUUUCUUACAUUCAUGCAGCCACUCACAGAUGCAGUACGUGAAAUAUGCGAUGUAUUCGCGAUGAACAACACGCUAUCAGUGGUGGAUCAACAACGUGUGCAGAGGGCAGUGAUUGGUUUGUGUCGAGAUAUACGCGGUGUUGCGAUUUCGUGUCAUUCGAAGACGAUCUAUUCGAUGCUUUUCGAUUGGCUCUAUCCGAAUGUUUUCUCGAUAUUGGCACGAUCUGUUGAAGUUUGGACGAAUUGUACGGAUGUUGUGAGUCCUGUUCUGAAGCUGUUGUGUGAGCUGUGCCAAAAUCGUCAGCAACGACUUCAGUUUGAAAUGUCCUCGUGUAGUGCUGUGCUAUUGUUCAGAGAAGUGUCAAAAAUUAUUUGUACUUACGGUGAACGAAUGUUAUCGCUUCCGACACCUCAGCCCGAGAACGCCUAUCGUGAACGAUACAAAAAUAUCGCAACUUGCUUUGCGAUUCUGAAGAUGGCUCUGAGUGGGUCGUACGUACCGUUCGGUGUGUUCCGUCUGUACGGUGACACGUGUCUUCAGGAUGCACUAAGCAUGUUUGUGAAGAUGUUCAUGGUGAUACCCUCAAAUGAUUUUCAAUCCUAUUCGAAAGUGACACAACAUUUCUAUUCUCUGUUGGAAUGUAUCGCUCAAGAUAAUAUGUGUUUUUUGUCGAAUGUACAGCCGGAAGUUUUUGUGACAAUGCUUCGAUAUAUACACCAAGGAACAAUUGCUUUGGAUCCUGUUGUGGUGACGUCCUCGUGUGCUACACUAGAUAUGUUAUUGAAUUAUUUGUAUCGUCGAUUGACGCGUACAUCACCGGUUCGUACUCAUGUGGGUGCUGAGCCAGACGGUGAAAAUUGUAUUCGUGCUCUCGAAGCACAACCCACGCUCCUGUCUGAGGUGCUAGCAGGAAUGCUGAACGCAGUAAUAUUCGAUGAUGCAAAAUGUCACUGGUCUCUGUCAAGGCCUUUACUUGGUUUGAUCCUACUGCAAGAAGAGUUCUUUCAACAGUGGAAAAUGGAUCUUAUCAAUCAACAUCCUGUCGAGAAGCGAGUUAUGUUCGAAGAAGCAUUUGCGGGCUUAAUGGAUGGUGUUGAAAGGAAUCUCAAAAGCCGUAAUAAGGAUGUUUUCACGCAAAACUUGACGAUAUUUCGUCGAUCGGUGAUUGAAAUAAUCCGAGGGAUAGCUGUACCGACAAUUCAACCAGUUGCAUCCGCUUCUGAUAUGAUGUCAUAG